GUUCGGCCCCUCAGCUGUUGACCUGCAGUAACUGUGCCCCCCGGAGCAGUUUACUUGAAUAGCCCUGACCCAGAGAGUGUCAAUUUGUUUCAGUUGACAGCUGAGCUCAGUGUAUUCCUAUGAGGYUUUUUGAUGGUAGGUUUAUUUUUCUGAUUUACGUUGACAUGCCACUAAAAGAGAUUGACACAUUCAUUCCACAACCGAGCAUUUCACUGUUUUGGGGAAAUGGAUGGCCAAGCUGGACUUAGAUCUCUAAUUUAUGUAGUUCUUUCCUGGUUGGUGCAUGUGUGUAAGAACUGUGACURCCUGUAUAAGACACUUUGAAAAAGCUUUUUCUCUCGUUACCCUGUGAACAAAUGCUCUGUAGUGUCUCUACUGUCCUUUCCACCUGUGAGUGAGUUGGACUGGUUUUGUCUCUGGAGCAGAAAUCACCAUGAUGGAGCUACCCAGCUUCAGCAGGCAGCUGAUGCAACAGCUGUGGACCCUCAGGAAGGAGGGGGUCUUCUGUGACUGCACCAUUCUGGUGGGAAAUACUUCUCACCAGGCACAUAAAGUCCUUCUGGCUGCCUCCAGCACGCUCUUCAGGUCUCUUCUCGACAGCUCCGACACCAUCUCCAUCGACACCACUGUAGUUUCUUCGCAGGAGUUUGCGUAUCUCCUGGAUAUGGUCUACACAGGAAAGUUACCUCCAGGCAAGCACAAYGUCAACCGCAUUGUGGCCGCUGCAGAGAGCCUGCAGAUGUUUGACUUAGCUGUUGGCUUCAAAAAUGUCCUUACCACCUUGGUGAACCACCAUGCCCCAGACAAUUCAACACAAAUCACCAACAAUGCCAGAAGUAACAACCCAGAAGUUUCAGCUUCACCGAACARGGAUGACUUACCUUCAGAAAAGAUGGAGAUGAAGGCUGAGAUGGARAAGAAACACCAGUUAGAUGGUAAAGACAGCGCAAUGGAGCCAGAAAGUAAAAGAACCUGUGAAGACCUCUCUCACUCUUCAGAGCUUGAAGAGGCAAAGUCCUUGAGGAGUGGAAAAGGGGAAAACAGCACAGCAGCAGCCAUGGUGUCCACGAGUCCUGCUCUGCUGCAACGUUCAUCUGAAGUGGUGGAGCUUCUCAGCAGCAUGUCUUCUGUCCUGGAGCUGCUGAGGCAGGCAGCACAGAGCAGUCUGAGUGAGCAGGACAGAAAGAUUGUGUGUCAGUGCUGUGAGGAGGCUGAUCCCAGCUCAGUGUUGGAGAAGCUAAUGAGUAACGUGAGGGAUGGAGUGAUCACUGAGGGAGUGCUGGUUCAACUUCUACAAGCUCUAAAGCAGAAAGCUCCCUCCUCUUUCCCUGCACCGCUGCRCUCUCUGCUAGAAGAUGUGGAAAGUAACCCUCCUCAAGCUGAAGUUGACUCAGAAAUGCAGGAUGAAUCCAGAAAUGAAGAAAAGCCAGAGCCAGAGGUGGAAAAGGAAUGCAGUAAGGAGCAGACUGAGGAGGAAGAGAAAGACCCAGAUGCUACAAUGGAACCUUCAUCUGCUACUUCAGCAGAGUCCAAGCCUUACAUCUGCAGCUGGUGUAAGAAGACUUUUGACUUCAAAUGUCGAAUGUUGUCCCACAUAAAGCGCUGCUCCAUGUCUGAGGACUGUGAGCUGCAGUGUCCUCAGUGCCCCAAGAAACUAGCCAACCAGCGAGCUCUGCAGCGCCACCGGGCCGAGGCUCAUCGUGACUCGGKACGAGUCAGGAAGAAGGUGGCCUGCGACCUCUGUGGGCGCAGCUUCGCCCACCCGUCAGGUUUGGUGUACCACAAACAGACAGUGCACUUUGAUGAGAAGCCAUUCGUCUGCGACGAAUGUGGYGCAAAGUUUGGUGCAAACUCCUCUCUGAAAAAUCACAUGAGGCUGCAUACUGGAGAGAAACCAUACCACUGCCAGCACUGUGACAUGAGCUUCAGUGUGGCAGCUGCACUCUCAUACCACACCAAGAAGAAACACUCAGAAGGAAAGAUGUAUGUGUGCCAGUAUUGUAAGGCWGUCUUUGCUCAGUCCAUCGAGCUCUCGCGGCACGUACGGACACACACAGGUGACCGACCUUACGUGUGUCGGGAAUGUGGCAAAGGCUACAGCCAGGCUAGUGGACUCACCGUGCACCUGCAAACCUUUCACAACCUUUCAGAACCCCAGGACUGUAAGAAGUGUUGUCUCAGUUUCUCCUCGCUGGAGGAACAUCAGCAGCACAUCCAGGAGUUUCACCCAAAGGAGUUUCACAAGUGUUCCACGUGUAACAAAGUGUUCCCCAGCGCCGUACUGCUGGACAAACACAAGUCCACACACACUGGGGGCAAACCGUUCAGCUGUCAGUUAUGCAACAAGUCAUACCAGCAACUGUCUGGAUUGUGGUAUCACAACAGAACUAACCAUCCUGAAGUAUUUGCCAGCCAAACCCGGCAGCUCAAGAUCUUAGUCCAGUGUGACGUUUGCUUCAAGUUCUUUCCUAAUGCUGACAGUUUAGGCAAACAUCAAGCUGACGAGCACCAAGAGCUUUCAGGGGUGCGUUGUUUGUACUGUAAGACUGACCUGAGUGGGAAUGACAAAGUGCAGGACCACAUCUGCAGUCAACACGUCAGCCAGAGUGGUGAGGUGUUCAGCUGCCCUCUCUGCUCUCUGAUCUGCAUCUCCCAGCUGGAGCUGCAGGAGCACUUGCUGUCCUGUCACAUGGAGGCACAAGAGCAGGGGAGCAUCAUGAAGGAUCAGGCCUCCACCUCCUACACGGUGAUUUCUUCAGAUUCUGUGGAGGCCAGCGAAGACGGAGCUGAGCUCAACAUCCUUCCUAAGGAGGGAACCCCGCUGGGAGCCGGCCCACAUGUACUAGUGACUCUUGCAGGUGAAGGAGAGGGCCAGUCAUCGGGGGGAGUGUUGGARGUGAACAUGUAUGACCUGCUGAACAGCUCUGUGGCUUUCAUCUGUGAGAACAAGGAGACAAGUGUUGACUCUUAACCAGAAAUACAGAAACACCUCCGGCAGGAAGUCCAGCUGCAGGUCCAACUGGAGACGUUUUGGUACUGCCAGUGUCUGAGCAAUGCAGAGUUUAAUGCCUCAGUUGUUGCACUGGUCAGAAUGGAUUAGUUGUCUUUCUGUGCUGAAAGCUGAUGUGUGAAAGAAAGAAACAAGUAAUGUGUUUUUAACAUGGCAGAACAGUUCACCUGCCUUUUCCUUAAUGGUUUCAUGGAGCUGRUGCUCAGUGUCCACCAUGGACAGGUUACCAGUCCAUCAGAGGCAAAACAAAGCAGGUACUGGAGAAGCAUGAGUAUUUUCAAAGUUCYCCCUAGAUUUGCUCAACAGUUACAGGGAAAAACAGACUAAGGCUGCUUUUUGUUUAUUCAGAGCUCAAACCUGGGGAUGAUGUCAUCUCACUUAGUUCUGUUCCAGUUGUAAAUCGGCACCAGAUUGUUGCAGGAACCAGGCUCACUACCAGAGCAAUUUGCAAGAAUGGCAUUGUUUCCUUCAUCCAAACAUGUUCAUUAAAGGAGCUGGUACACAACUAUGAGAUGAAUUCAAUCAAAAAAGCUUCUUUCUGCUUUUUCACAGCUUUUUAUGGAUGAGGAGUUUGAGGUUAGGUACCUUUAUGAAUUAGAAUUCUGGCUUCAAUAUYAGUAUUAGUUUAAAUCCCCUUCAAGUAUAAAUUGGUGUUUGCUGCAUUCUUGAAUUAAAUCUCUAUUUUCCUGCAGAGCAUGUUCUACUGGCUGAGUUUAGGGUUUCAGGUUGAGCUGUUAUAAUCUGUAAACUUAGGUCUUUUUGUUUGUUUGUUUGAAAUUUGUGUCCCACUGCCUGUUUUAAAUGUAAUUGUACAUUUUCGUACUCCACCAUUGGAUUGAGUUAAAAAUAAAAUGGAAAACUUAAAUGGUAAA